GUUCCGCUCUCGCCACCAUCGUCACUGCUUUAAUGAGCCUCACUUCCAUCCAACAGAACAUUACCGGAUCAGUCCUACUAACUCCUAGAAAGAGGGGGAAAACAUCGUCUCAGUAUCAACCAUCUAUACCCCUACCCUCAAAUGCGGAGAUUUUCAAAUGGGUUUUAACGCCAGAAGCAGUAGCCUCCUGUUUCAUUCGGGAUGUCUUUCAAAUGCGUCAUCAUCACGACAAAGGGGAAGAUUUCUUUUGGUUAAAACGCGUACCGUGCAGAAGCGUUAGAUUACUUGGAGUAGUGGUUGGUCUGCAGGUUUUGGAGCAUAGGAUAAUCUGCACAAUUGACGAUGGAACGUCAGUGAUUGACUGCCUCCAUCGAUGCGCUGCCCCACCACAAUCCCCGUCUAAGAAAAGAAAAAUUUCCAUCGUUCAACUACCCAAGCCUACCGCUUACAUUGGUCAACGCAUCCGAAUAACUGGAAAGAUUUCUCAGUUUCAUGAGACCCGACAAAUUGUCGUUGACAAACUAGAGCGAUGUACAUCCGCUAAUGAGCAACCUAUGCAUUGGAAACAUGUACUAUCACUGCACAAGUCCAAGUAUUCGUCCUCUGAACCAUUCAGAAUCCCAAUUAUUUCGAGUUCUAUGCCUGAAACAGGCCCCCAGGCACCCUUGCAUUCAUUUCCAUCUACUUCCACAGCCUCGAGCCCUACAAAGUCAAACACGUCCUCUCAACAGUCUCCGCGCAAGCUCCGUCAUCCGUCCAGGCUCCGUACUCGCGACCUCACGGCCAUUACUUUCCGGAUCUAUGUCAAACAUUACAUGGAUAAUUACUCUUCUGUUGCUGACGCUAGAUCAGACGACGAAUCUGCAUCAUAUGCUACUGUUACACCAACUAAGGGUUCUCAUCGGACUACGGUCGAUAACGAAAGAACGCCCCGUCCUUCUCGGUCGAUACCUUUCGAUAUAUCGACUCCACAUCUGCCUUACAAAAUACACUUUGACCCGACUAGUUUGAAGCUGCGCGGAUUCACCCUCUCGUUUCUCCGGCGGGUUCCUGAACUGUUAGAGAUGGCUCGGAAAGUAGUCCGAGCUGAAGCCAAGAGACGAGCCAGGGAAGGUAAGAAGAAAGGGGGAGAGGCUCAUAAAACCCUGGAGUCCACUUCGUUAGUCACAUAUCGAGAGGACCAGAUGGAGCUUUCGGCUAGAAUGAAGCGGUUAUGGAAAACAACGAUCAUACAACUUGCACGCGAAGGCAGUAUAGUGUUAUGGAACGGCCCCGUACACCCGAUCGAUUCUGUUCAACGGACGAGUACCAUAUGUAAUCCGUGGCGCGAACGAUCGACUUCGUCGAGUUUCGAUCUCACUUCCUCUACCUCUGCAAUACGCGAAGGGGUUUCCCUAUUUUCCGCUGCUGGCGAUCACUCGUGCUCAGAGGAAGAAGAGGGAGUUGCGAUCUCUGAUCCUGAACCUGACGAAGAGUCCUAUGUGUCUCUUACACCGCAAUAUUUCGCGAUCGAAGUGGAGAAGGCGAUCAAGGUUUUGUGGAAGUGCGCCCAACACACGAAUGGUACGUCGUCAAUUAAAGGACCAACCAAACAGAGGAUAUUGUCGUACCUCAGAAGGGACGGAAUGUGGGAACAAGUGGGCGAAUGGAACGUCGAGGAGGCACUUGAAGUUCUCCGUGAGGAAGGACGCGCUUGGGUCAACAGCCACGGAGUUUGGGACCUUGUACUGUAA